AUGUCUUCCAGAGCGUCCUCGCUGCUCUCGCCCACACACAUCGACUCCCAGAUCCCAGGCGCCUUUCCCGGCGCGCGGUCUAUCAGCGGCGCUUCCAUCACGACGCAGCAGGCAACGCUAUCCCAGAUUCUAUACGACCGGAGGGAAGAGUACACCCGACCCCGCGAUGUGCGCAUCAAGAUUGGCACCUGGAACGUCGCAGGGCUCAAGGGCACCGAGCAGGAUGUUGGCGGCUGGUUUGUGAAGGGGAAAGGCGUCGAGGAGGCUCUCGCAGGACUUGGAGUAUCCGAGCCAGAUGGCAAGGACCAGAACAAUCGCGAAAGCGUGGCGGCGCAAGAAGCACGCCACACAAAGCGUGAAUCCACUCUCCCACGCCAUGACGUCGAGCUGGUCCCGGCAGGAGAGGAGAUAGGCCUUUAUGUGUUGGGUCUGCAGGAGAUUGUCGACAUUACUUCCGCCGCAGAAGCCCUGCGACCCUACACGGACCCGUCUGUCGCAAACAAGUGGAAAGCAGCAAUCGAAACAGAACUGCCAGAGGGGUAUCAAUUAGUAUCGGAACAGCAGUUGAUCGGGCUGUGGCUAGUCAUCUACGCCUCUCCGGCGGUGCUUCCCCAAAUCAAGAAUGUCAGCACAACUAGUGUUGGGACUGGCCUUAUGGGCUACAUGGGGAACAAAGGCGCAGUCACGACGCGGAUAGUUCUUGGCGAAACGACAAGACUCGUCUUCGUCAACUCUCAUCUUGGUGCAGGGGCAGACAAGGCAGCCGUAGAACGCAGAAAUUGGGACGUUGCCCAGAUUGCCUCUCGAACGCGCUUUGAUCCCAUCACAGACUCUCUAGGCUCAUCGCAGAGUCAAGGAGAGGGAUUGGGGGACGAAGAGCUUGCCUUUUGGUUUGGUGACCUGAAUUAUCGUCUCUCUGGUAUGCCGGGUGACGAUGUACGCCGACUGCUCACGGUACACACCAAAGAUUUCGAUCAUGAAGACGAGAGCCGACCCUCAACUUCGGGCGACUCAGGCUAUGGCUCCAAGAUGUCUUCAGAAGCCUCCGAGGACUCCAUGCCUUUGCCACCAGAGUUGGACCCCGCCUCUGUACAGACUACAAUCUCGUCUCUUCUUCCCCACGACGAGCUUCGCCAGCAAAUGAAGGCCGGCAAGGCCUUUCACGAUGGCUGGGAAGAAGGGCCAAUACGCUUUCUCCCAUCAUACAAGUACGAUAUUGGCAAGGUGGGAGUUUUCGAUUCCAGCGAGAAGCGCCGAUGCCCCAGUUGGUGCGAUCGCAUCCUCUACCGCACUCGAGCAGCAAAGCUACGAUACGAUGCCAAACUCAAAGAUCAGGAAAACGUGCGCAUGCGAGACGAGGAGAUGAAGGCCAAGGGAAUGGACAUGCCAGGUGACGAUGACGUCCUGUGGGAUUACGAUCCUGCGAAAGAUGGCGACAACGAAGAUUACGAUGAAAUACAUGAUCCGGAACCUGAGCCCAUCACAACCAAGGAUGGCUUCUCUGAUGAGGUAUUGCUUGAAUACUAUACGACGCACCUGCGCGUGCUCAGUUCCGACCAUAAGCCUUUGGAUGCUGUCUUUUCGUUAAAAUACGACGCUGUGGUUCCUAAGCUCAAAGCUGGCAUACACGCCGAAGUGGCUCGCGAGUUGGAUCGACAAGAAAACGAAGGCCGCCCGUCAAUAGCAGUCGUUGUAGAUCGAAGAACUGCAACUGCUUCGUUGGACGACGACGACGACAAAACAGACAGUUCCUUUGACGGCGUCGAUUUCGGCAAUGUAAAGUUCGCAAAAUCCAAGCGGCGCACCGUUACCAUUGCAAACACUGGUAGAGUACCAGCAACCUUUGGAUUCGCCGAUCGACCUGUUGCAGGCGAUGAAGCGUCAGGAGCAUUCCCCCCCUGGCUGAGUGUUACGUUCGACAGGGAGCCGGACAAACGUACAAGCGCUGGACCUGACGAUAUCCAAGAGCGCUACACUCUCCAGCCAGCCGAUGUUGUCAAUGCCGAACUCAAGCUCAAGAUCGAUUUGAAAGAGUCGGUUCGCAACUUCAAUGACGAUAGCUCUUCCCUCGAGGAAAUACUAGUCCUGCGCGUCGAAGGUGGUCGCGAUCACUUCCUACCAAUCCGUGGACGGUGGCUCAAAUCUGCGUUGGCCCGCACUGUCGACAAGCUGAUCAAGAUCCCGGAAGGUGGAAUCAGAAAGCUGCAACAUCAAAUGCCUGAUCGCGCAGACGGCAGUGGGGUAAUGUGGAGCGUACCCCGCGAGAUAUUCCGGCUGACGGAAUCCAUAGAAGAUUUGACCGAACGCACACUGGCUGAGUGGGACAUGACAAAGGCUGAGGGGGAGAGAGCGCCAUGGCAAGACAACGCAGGUUGGCCUUUUGUCAAAUCACACAUGCAAUCCACCAACAUCACGGCAGCACACGAAGAUGAGAUUGCGGAGGUGUACGAUGCAGUUGAUUGCGACACGCCUUUUGCCAACGCCUUCCAGCCCGAGACUCGAGCAAAAGAGAGAGUCGAGAUUCUCGCUGAAGUUCUCAUGACAUUCCUAUCCAGUCUGACAGACGGCGUCAUAACAAAGAGUCUCUGGGAGAAACUCGAGGAGAUGAUCACAACCCGCGAAAAAGCGAAGCAACAAGUCCUCCCCGACGACGAGAAGAUGGCGAUCCUGGAGAUUAUGGCCAGUGCACCGAACCACAACGCUACCUUUUUACUUCUGUUGUCGAUGAUGCAGAACUUGACGAAACAGGUUGUGGAUGCGAGCAAACCAAAGCCUGACACGCCCCGCGCGAGCACGGAACUUCCUGGUAGUCCAGAGGUCUCGGUCAGACGCAGGACGCUGAGCAAGGUGCCGGAGGUGGCUAUCCGGCAGCUGAUCAAUCGAAACUAUGCUACGGUAUUCGCCCAGGCGAUGUUCAGGUGCAAGGACGAUGCGAGGAUGAAGGAGAAAGACAAGGCGACGAGGAAGGAGAGGAUGAUCAGGGUUGUGGAGGUGUUCUUGAACAAUGACGAGUAG